GUAACUCUCUUCUGAUCGAUAAUCCUUCAUUUCUGAAUUUCCAAAAUGAAUUGCAAGUACUCUUUUGUUCUUCUUCUAAUUGUUCUUCUUCCGUCUUUGGUGGUUGGAGAGUGCACAUGUGAAAAAGACGAUGACUCCGGUGACAAGAGUCUAGCACAAAAAUACAAAGUAGCAGCCCUUGUUUCCAUUCUGAUUGCAGGUGCAAUCGGCGUGAACAUUCCAGUGCUGGGCAGACACUUCUCAAUCUUGCGUCCAGACAAUGAUUUCUUUUUCAUGGUGAAGGCCUUUGCCGCCGGGGUCAUAUUAUCCACCGGUUUCAUCCACGUCCUGCCGGAUGCUUUUGACAAGUUAACAUCUCCCUGUCUCAAUGACCAUCCUUGGGGAGAUUUCCCAUUCACUGGAUUUGUGGCGAUGGUAUCCGCCAUUGGAACGCUCAUGAUUGAUUCUAUCGCAACCGCCUAUUUCAACAAGUCUCAUAGCUCCAACGAGAAGGAAGAAAAAGUUGUUGAUCUGCCUGUUCAUACACAUGCAUCCAAUGGUCAUGCUCAUGGUUCCACUGCUUCAUCUGCCUCAACACAACUCCUUCGCCAUCGCGUUAUUUCUCAGGUGUUAGAGUUAGGGAUUGUGGUGCAUUCUGUGAUAAUUGGGAUCUCUCUGGGUGCAUCUGAGAGUCCUGAGACAAUAAGGCCUCUAAUUGCAGCCUUAACUUUCCAUCAAUUUUUUGAAGGCAUGGGGCUCGGUGGUUGCAUCUCACAGGCAAAGUUCAAGACCAAAGCAGUUAUUGUGAUGGCAUUGUUCUUUUCAUUGACAACGCCGGUUGGAAUUGCAAUUGGAAUGGGGAUUACGAACGCGUACGACGAGAACAGCCAAACUGCUCUGAUUGUGGAGGGGAUUAUGAAUGCAGCAUCAGCAGGGAUCUUAAUUUACAUGUCUCUUGUGGACCUGCUUGCUGCUGAUUUUAUGAACCCAAGAUUCCAACAAAGUAGUAAGCUUCAGUUAGGAGCCAAUUUGUGUCUCCUUCUAGGGGCUGGUUGCAUGUCACUAUUAGCUAAAUGGGCCUAAACCAAUCCACCCACCUUAAUUAGAUUUGAUUUUUGUCCUUCAUUUAUUUAUUUUUCUGACCUAAGUUUAGUGUUUAGGAGUCAGUAGUAUUUAGAGUUUCUAGUCUUCGUGAUCCUCUAUUUUCUAGUUUGCUUACUCCAUCUUUCGGAUCAAUAUGUCAUUUCGGAAUACUUUGAAUUUCUUUUUUUUUUUGACAGAAGAAUUUCUUUUUAUUUAAGACAUUUUUUUCCA